GGACAAUCAAACGUACACACCCACCUCUGUCUACACUCGUCUUUUCAACAUUUCUUACUUCUGCUACAAAAUACACAGCUUCAUCAAAUCUCUCAGCUGUAAAUCUCAUCCCGGCGCAUCGCGAUACAGCAGCAACAGCUCAAGAAAGAUCUUAAAAUACAACAUGGAGUCCCCUCCAGAUCCAGCGAGCGACCCGGGCAACGGCGUCUCGGAGCCGGUUACCCCGGUCAGGGAAACCCCGGUAAACCUGGAGACCCUCCGCAAAGCUGAGCACCAAGCCCCGGUGCGCAGGCAGAGCUGCUCUAGUACCAACAGAGGUAUUUCAGUAACAAAGAAGACACACACAUCUCAAAUCGAAAUAAUUCCCUGCAAGAUCUGUGGAGACAAAUCAUCAGGCAUCCAUUAUGGUGUGAUAACGUGUGAAGGCUGCAAGGGUUUCUUCAGGAGGAGUCAACAGAGCAAUGCGGCGUACUCGUGCCCGCGUCAGAAGAACUGCCUGAUUGACCGCACCAGCCGAAACCGCUGCCAGCACUGCAGGCUGCAGAAGUGUCUGGCCGUGGGCAUGUCACGUGACGCGGUGAAAUUCGGCCGCAUGUCCAAGAAACAGCGGGACAGCCUGUAUGCAGAAGUGCAGAAACACCGGCUCCAACAGCAACAGCGGGACCACCAGCAGCAGCCCGGCGAGGCCGAGCCCCUAACACCAACCUACGGCCUCACCACCAACGGCUUGACUGAGCUCCAUGAUGACCUGAGCGGCUACAUGAAUGGCCACACGCCCGAUGGCACCAAACCCGACUCGGGCGUCAGCAGCUUCUACCUGGACAUCCAACCCUCACCCGACCAGUCCGGCUUGGACAUCAACGGCAUCAAGCCAGAGCCCAUCUGUGACUUCACCUCUGGCUCAUUCUUCCCGUACUGUUCCUUCACCAAUGGGGAAACAUCCCCCACAGUUUCCAUGGCUGAGUUGGAGCAUCUGGCCCAAAACAUAUCCAAGUCCCAUAUGGAGACGUGUCAGUACCUGAGAGAAGAGCUUCAGCAGAUGACCUGGCAAGCUUUCCUUCAGGAGGAAGUGGAGAGCUACCAGAGCAAGCCCAGAGAAGUCAUGUGGCAGCUGUGUGCUAUUAAAAUCACAGAGGCCAUUCAGUACGUGGUGGAGUUUGCCAAGCGCAUCGAUGGCUUCAUGGAGCUCUGUCAGAAUGAUCAGAUAGUGCUACUCAAAGCAGGCUCUUUGGAGGUGGUGUUUGUCAGAAUGUGCCGUGCCUUCGACCCUCAGAACAAUACAGUCUAUUUUGACGGAAAGUAUGCAGGGUCUGACGUCUUCAAAUCAUUAGGCUGCGAUGAUUUGAUCAGCUCCGUCUUCGAGUUUGGGAAAAACUUGUGUUCUAUGCACCUCUCUGAAGAUGAGAUUGCCCUGUUCUCUGCCUUCGUGUUGAUGUCUGCAGACCGCUCUUGGCUCCAGGAGAAGGUGAAGGUGGAGAAACUCCAGCAGAAAAUCCAGCUGGCACUUCAGCACGUUCUGCAGAAGAACCACAGAGAGGACGGCAUACUGACAAAGUUGAUAUGCAAAGUCUCCACACUGCGAGCUCUGUGCAGCAGGCAUACAGAAAAGCUGACGGCAUUCAAAGCAAUAUACCCAGACAUUGUGCGCGCCCACUUCCCCCCAUUGUACAAGGAGUUGUUCGGAUCAGACUUUGAGCAGUCCAUGCCCGUUGACGGGUAACGCUUCCCGCGCCCGUCCUGCCCGGGGGAUUUCACGCCGUGGGGAAUGUCAAGCAUAAAUCUGAGACACUUUACCAGUGCCCUGCACAUACACAUACACACACCUGGACGGCCAACACACUGCACACACACCCUUUCCCCUUUUUUCUUUGUGUUUUUCGAGCGGAAUGAGAAAGGAGGCAAAGGACUGGGUUUGACUCCAGCGGUUUAUUUUUGGGGUUUGUUCCCUCCAUUUACUGACACAGGUGGGAUGCGGAGCCCAAGGGAGAGGAAGAGAAGACGCUUGUUUUUCAUACGCUUCCUCUCUCUCUUUUUUCUGGCUGAACCUGAAGAGUCCACGCGUACGGUCCCAUGGAGAUUUGUCACGAUCAGCAUAAAUUGUUUUGACUUGUUUCCAAAACGGAAAACGAGUCCCGGGGAGCAUUCACCUGAAUCUGGCGUUUUAAACAUUUUAAAAGGAAGCCACAUAUUUUAAAGUCCCCUACAAGCCAAGAAAAACGAAAUCGAACGAAUGUUUUACCUGUGAUCUGUCUUCGCGGUCAGAACUGCACCAGUAGUUAAUGUACCGAAGUGUGUAUGUAGAAAUACUCAUAGAUGUGAUGUGGGCCAGUUCCUUUCUCCUGUGGGUUUGAUUUUCUUUCUGGGAACGCUUGAUGUCAGAAUACAAACCAGCAGCAAAGAGGAAGACGACGUGAGAGAAAGCAAAAGAGAGAGAAUGAAAAGAAGUGUUAAGCAAUGUCUGUCGGCAUUUGGAGACAUAAAGCAGCACCUUUCUACGGACAAUCGUCUAAAAAAAAGAAGGAAAACGUAGAAUUCUGGUAAUUCUAGUUUAAAUGACGUAAAAAGCUCAAUUACUUUUAGCUGUCAGAGAAUUCAUCUACCAUAGUUGCUUAGUGAUAUCGUUUAAGGCCGUCUGCUAUUAAGUCCCUCUCUGGAAUGGUGUUAGCGUAAUGGUCCGACCACCACCAUCGAUGCAAUGAAAGGGUCCAUUUCACCCAAUUUCUAACGUGUUACAGGGUAUACGGUCAUAAGUACAAACAAUACAGAAAAAAUUAUGUUUAUAGAAUCUAUUUUAAAUAACAUGUAUGAUAUUCGUAGCUAGACUAUUCUUAAUUGUGAAAAAUUGAUAAGGCACUUUUAUUUGCACCUUUCUUUAAUUUAAGACUUGUAUAUUUACCUAGUGAUGUGUUGCAUGUAUAAAUACCACGGUUAUGGAAAACAAGUGCUGGAAACCCUAACGCUGCUGUGGGUGGGUGCGUGUUUGUGUGCGUGUUUGUGUAUUUAUUCGCGAGGUUGGUGCUGGGUAAAGUCUGAUCACAUCCGUUCCAAAAAGAUAUAUUUUUUAAAAGCAGCUUUAAAGCUGGGAUGCUGUUCCUAGACCUGCGUUAUGUUUUUGACACCCAGCAACUCCUUUUAGGAAACAUCCUACAACAUGUUUCAGGAUCAGCAAGCCCUGCUUUUUCCCGUUUCUUUUGUGUAACAUUAUCAGAAACGGCAGUACCAACAGACCUAUCGAUUCAUCCUUUUAUUCUAUUGGUAUUUCAAUCUUUAGUACAUUGAUUUGUACAUUUCAAUCUGUUAAAUGGUUCCAUCUAGUGGUGGUGUCAGCACAAUUAUGCCCCUUUUGAGGAUGAUUCUGAUCUUAUUUAUCUGGCAACCGUUUUUAUCAUCCUUUCAUCUUAGAUUCACAAACUGGACUCAAGAUGAAAGUGUUUACCGUAUCAUUUUUUUUUAAGCAGCUCUUGUGAAGGUCUUUGCCCAGCAACAACGCCCGUCCGGAACGUAAGAGUGAAAAAGAUGAUAAAUAUUCAAAGCCUUGUCUGGUUGAAAUCCUCUAUUUUUGUAACAUUGUACAGUGCUUAUAAAGCCUAUGAAAGAAAAAAAGGGAACGAAUGAUGCUAUAGCACUUAAUCCUGCAAUAACGAAUUAGAAUUUGUGUUUUUUAUGAUUUUUCAAAGAACAAGAUGAUUAUAGUAGUAGUAGUGCUAUUUUUUGGAAUACCUAACUGUUGUUGUGCGUUGCGUAUGUUUGUAAGUCUCUUGAAUGUGCCAUAGUGGUGUGUCCUGCUAUUUUGAGUCUGAAGAAAUUGUGUUGUAACAUUCCAGUAAAACUAUGUUGUGACAUUUAUUCCCAAUAUAAUCCAGAAAAACUUUGAAGAUAACUUCUACGACCUGCUAACAGACAUUUCGAAACUCUUUGAGUAGAUCUUGGUAGCUUCUUGUCGCUCUUUUUUUAACGUCAUAAUUCCCCCCCCCCAAUUGUGUGGUCUUUCCCAUUACACAACGUAUGAUCCUCAGGGAAGAGUCUGUCUAACUCAAUUCUGAAACCAGUAGCUUAAACGUGUUAGUCGGCUCUGUGUUGUAUCAAAUGCUAACAUCAGUAAUUUAAUCUCAAUGAUCAACGUCAACAUAAUUAGUUAUCUUAUUGUAGUGAAAAUAUCAGUCUUAUUUUUAUUGGUUGUGCAGUUUAUUCAUUUCUGCCCGCAUCCCCCAGACGUCCUGAUUACUGCGGUACAUCAUUAAACUGUGAAUGACAAUCCAGGUUCAUGUUUAGUUCCUUGUAAAUCAGCAGUGCUUGUACUACAAGGCUCAGGGAGAGUAAUAUUGUGAUAAUUGAGAACAUCGAUGCAGGGAAUAUCAAGGGAAAAUAAGAUAUUAGCUCUGUUCUAUCUAGACAGCGUUUUAAGACAUCUUUGUCUUUUGACUGUUUUAAUAUUAUGCCACCUUCUAAAGGUACCUAAAAGCGUAAUAUUUUUCCAAAUAUUUGUGUGCUCAUUUUUAUCUGAGCCACAUUAACGUUAAACUAUUGAAAUCAAAGGAGCACAUAGAGAUUCCCAUGUGUGCGCCGAGCUAUUUGUGUAGCGUUGCUGUCUGUAGCGCACUCAAGUUCACUUCUUAGGUUAGCAUGCUGUCUUAGCUUUGCAACAGAACGAAUAGGAUAUUCAUGUAAAGCACAGUUCUCUGACCAGCACAAAAGAACCUGGUAGUAAUACAUAAAAACGCUUAAUUGGGACUGUUAAGAUGCUUGUCACUCUUUAGUUCAUUUUUAAUCACAGCCCUUCAGGAUAUUUUCUUUUUUUACCUUUUGCAAUUCACAUGCUCAUGUCAUUCCCUGUUAUUCACUAGCAUCAGUUCUGUCAAGCGCACAGAAGACGGCGAUACAUCAUAAACAAUGCAAAUGUGUCAUUUAACUCAGUCGCACCAUUGGCCACUGGUUUUAUCUCAUCACACAGCAAGCUCCAAGAUCUAAUUCCCAAAAAUCAAACCAAGAAAGAUAACAACCUCAAGCGUACCAUGAAUGCGCUAUGCUAUUUUUGCCCGUUUUUGUUCAUUUUUCUGGAUGGGGAUUGUUCUAACUGUCACUCAUAGCGGAGUCUAUGUGCCAAAUACCUCUUCAUGAAUCGCUCCACCGUCAACGUCCGCACGGGCUACUUAGCGUGCGUUACAAAUACGGGUUUCUACAGGGUAACCACUGCUGUGGAGUCCCCUUUUAAUGAACAAGCUUUGAUGCACAGAAGACCGUUGUGUUUCUGUUUCUCGUCCAACCAUCCGUGUUCACAUAGUUGCACCACGAACGCUGUAGUAAAGUCACGUUUUGCCACUUUUUGCAUGUUGUGUUUUGUCAGCGUAGUUUGUAUUAGACACUUUGAAGCAAUAUAGGCUAUGAAAUAGAACUUUGGACAAAUGUAUUUUUUCUAAUACGAGCAAAGGUACUUAAACAUCUCUGGAUCUGUGGUAUUUUAGACUGAGAUCUGUUUGUUUCUCUUAUUGGUGGAAGAUCCAUAAAGUUUCCCACAUUUUUUUUUUUUGUAAGUUGUGAGCUCCCUCUUUGUUUAUUCUCGUGAGAAGCAAUAUAUGUCUGAACGUGCGUGCGAGAGCGUGCGCACAAGCAAAUAUGUGUGUAUCUGUGCUAUGUAAUGUUUGCUGAAGGUCAAACCCCAGACAAGGCUUUAAAAGUUAAGAUGCAGCAGGGUCAGAUGGUGAAUUGUAAGUGAGAUCUUACGUUUUACCAGGAUUUAAAAUGUUUUAUGUAGCACUGAGUUUGAACCCCUCGAUGAGGCUGUACAAGCAUGACACAAUAGAAACAUUUCAAUUAGAUUUAUGCAAACGCAACAAGGCCUAUGCACUCACAUAUAAACUUUGGUGAAAUUUAUGUUCAGUGGAUUCAACGGCACGUGUCAUGCUAACAGCAUUUUGAUCUUUCAUGCGUUCUUAUUUAUAAAAAUGAGGUUUCUUUCCUAAAGCACAGCUGAUACGUUAUUAAAAGUGAAAUAUGUUUAGAUAAUAGAAGAAAAGAAAAACGUCUUUAGCCAUAAUCGAAUGUCAAGCAAUAAUAUAUAUGGUGUAUUAUUAUUCAUUUUUGUGCAUAGGCUUUGAACAUCUGCAUGUAAAUACAUCUCUUAUUUAUCGCUUUUUCGUUUGUUUGUUUUUGCUUUCUGAUUGUCAUUUUCGUUUAUUUUUCUAUAUUGACUAGUUCUGUUCCCGGGUGGAGAACUACGAACGUCAAAUGGCCUGUAAACUGUACAGCUUCAUUUUUAUCCUCUCUUUUAUCCUCUGCUUUUAAUUCACUCAAUAUUUAAUGUUCUAUUGAUCACAUGUAUAAAAGUAACUUUGUAACUUCUGUCUGUAUAGGUAAGAAGAAAAUACUGCUAUUAAGACCUGCUCAGCGCAAAUAUUUAUCUGUUUAUCAGACACAUCAUGCUGUACAAUAUCUCUGUUUUUAGUACAGUUCUCUCUUUUAGACUUAGUUCGAUUAGCGCUAGGGUGUGCUGACAUGACUUUUUGUGUUAUACUGAUGUGUGGUGCUAGGUAAGUUACUUUUGUGAACAAAAAUUACGGAUUCAUAGAUUAGGCCACCCUCUUAGUCCAUUCAUUUCGCUGAGUAUUGAUGCAUUAUUGAUAUUAGGACUCGGUGAAUAAUUAUAAGAAUAAUGAUAAUGAUAACAAAUAAAGUUAACAAUAGGUGGUAAAUUUACUUUUGAAUACCCAGCAAGUACCUGUAUCAGUGUGCUUGUCUUGGGACGCGGCUUGUUUCCUUCUCACUUUUAAGAUUAUUAGCAAAAGCAGUAUGGGCUAAGUAAAUCUCUAUUAAACGCGUUUCUGAAUCUUUGCGAUGAAGAAGGUUGUUCAUGCUUAAAAAGGCAGUAUUGUGUUUAUUUUUCAUAGCUCAAAACGGUACAUUUGGUAUCAGGAGCUGGAAGGACUUUGGAUACAGCAAAGUACUGGAUCGUCUAUAGCCACUUUUUGGCUUCCUCCAUUUUUGUUCAUUCUUCCCUUUAGUUUUUAAAGACUAGCUUUGUAAGCAUUUAUGUUUCUAUUCAACAUCUGCUUACGCACGUACAGUACACACACAUCGGUUAUGUGUUAUAACAAAUUGUACAGGACAAAGACAGUUGUACGAGGUUCGUGUGAAACUUUCUCUGUGUAGCAAGGCAGAAUAUACUUGCAAUAAUGCAUAGCAAACUACACUGAGUGCCUCUCAGUGGUACAGGAUGCAGAAACUAUAUUCGUAUGUUGUUGUUUUCACUGUUCUUGUACUCAAAUGACUGUGUUUAAACAUGUAGGUGACUUCUGUCUUGUGUUACCAACCUUUCUUUUCAUUGGCUGUCUUUUUAUGUAAAUUAGAUUUCACGUUUGUUUAUAGCCAUGGAAGCAGCAUUUUAUUGUCUCCUGUGGUGUCCUGUAUUUCUUACCGACAGUGCUCUGUCGAAACUGUCUGUCUCAGAUGUUUUUGCUUUUCCUUCGAACAGCAGUUGAAACGUGGUUAUGGGACAUGCAUUUUUUUUUAUCCAGUCAGUUGCACCCUGGUUGGAUGUAUCUGCUUAAAAAUGAAUGGCAGAGCCCUGUUUGGAUACCUGCAGAGACAAAAUUACAGACAAUCCACUCUGUGUUAUCCCAUUUUUCCUGCCAAUUAGGUUUAAGUUGAUAAUUACAAAACAAAAUGACUAAUGCAAUGUAUCUUACGUGUUCAUGUGUGUAUGUAAAAUGAUGCAUACUACACAUCUGGAUCUUUUUCCUGUUGUCUGAUAAACGCGAGCUGAAGGGGAGGGCUCAAAGGCUAGAGCGGGCCGGGUUGGAUUUCGCUUCUCACGGGCAGCAUCAACUGCAGGAAAAAAAGCAGUGAACAGUUUGCGGUUGUCACAUAUUUUUACGUCACAUGUUUGCUACUGAUCUUAAAAUGGGGAUGGUCGAUCAUGUAUCUUUCUAUUCAGCUCUUUGGAACUCUCUUUAGGAGACAGUAUCUUAAUAGUGGUUUUACUCCUUCUGUUUGUCUGAUUCUUAAAUAUGAAAAUAAGUAUUUUGAUUCAUUUUGUAAAUACCGCUGUAAAGAAAAAUAAGAAAUUUAAUGUUGUCUUUUAAAUACUUUUCAUUCUAAUAUGAAUGUUGUUAUAUUGUACUUAGAAACUGUACCUUUAAUAUUAUCUUUAUUAAAAGUGCAUUGGACACAUCGAUUUUAGAUGUGCUUUAUGUGCUGUUAUCCCAUAAUAAAAUUUACCGCUUGUAAUGAGCUCUUA